UCUCAACACGUCCUUCCUUUUCUGAGAGCUGAGCCUGACUAUGGAUCUGAUCUGGGUCUUGCUCCUCCUGUUCCUGCUCUGUGGCGAGGCCAAGAAUGUGACAAAGGUCAAGGCGAGUCUGGGUCAGAACGCCACUCUUCUCUGCUCUUUUAUAGAUGGAGACAUUUACUGGUUCAUGGAGGUCCACAGCGGCUUCAGGAGCUGCAUCAUACGGACUUUUGGUAAACGCUCCUUUGAUUCCUACAUUUUUACAUCUUCAGAGGAUAAAUUCAACAUUACACAAGGAAACAGGCUGCUGAUAUCAAACAUCACAGCUGAGGACUAUAGACUUUAUUUCUGUGCUAGAAAGCAAAGCGGUGAACUUCAGUUUGAGACGACAUUCAGCCUCGGCCCAGAUUCAGGUGAUCUGUCCCCUCCAUCCCAGGAUGACAGCCAAUCAGAGCUGAUCCUGGGGAGACUGAGCCGCACUGAGCUGAUCAUGUAUGCCUCCCUGGUCCUGAACACCCUCCUCCUCAUGGUUCUAGCUUUCCUGUCAGCCUCUCUGUGUUUGAAGAAGAGGACCUGUGAGAGGACAGACGGUGAUCCUUCAGCUACCAGACCAGGGCACCUGGAGGGUGUGGAGAGUCCUCAGUACGAGGAGAUCCAGCUCUCAGACAGAGCGCCCCCUCCUGUUCUUAGCCGGGACGAUAUUUACUCCAAAGCCGGGUUUCCUCAGUCCAUGCCGCCUCCACAGACACUCCUGGACAGGUACUGAUCACAUGGAAGGAUGCUACCUGGACUCUUGUGCUCCUUGUUUAGCAUGUUUGACCUCCUGGAGAGAAGAUUCCGGAAGUGACGAGGUCUGACGCAUUACUGAGCCAGCUGCAGACUCACGUUUAGGAGGACGUUUGGGACUCCCACCAAUCAGCUGCUCCUGUGACUGUUGUUUGUUUCAUAAGGUGAGCUCAGACAGGCCGUCCCAUGGCCGUUCACUCAGACUGAAGGAGGCUGAGAAGUGAUUGUACCAUCCUUUAUUUAUUUAGAUUCAGGCCUGGUCCAUGGGUAGACGGGUAUUUUUGAAAAACAGGGUUUUCUAUGUGCCGUCCAUAGGUCUUUAUGGAGAUCUGGGUUUAAGGAUCGACCCUGUCCACUAAGCCUGGAGGGGUGGAAAAUAGUCAGGAGACCACACUGAAGUCAUUAGGUCUGGAGUUGUAUUUAAAUAUUACAUUUGAAUAAAUCAUAGAAAAAAAUGAA